AUGGCCAUGAAGUACUUGGCUCUUGUUUCGCUGUUGCUCAACCUCGCAGUUGUGUUUUCAACUGUGCCAAAAACCACUAGUGAAGGAGGAGGUUAUGGUGAUGAUUAUGGUCAUGAUCAAUCAGGGAAUGAUGUGUCCAAUUUCUGCCCUGAGGCAGAGGCUAUAAUAUUUUCUCGGGUACAAGAGGCAGUGUUGGAGGACUCCAGAAUGGCAGCCUCUCUACUUCGGCUCCAUUUCCACGACUGCUUUGUCAAUGGGUGUGAUGCUUCUGUGUUACUAGAUGACAGUGCCAACUUUGUGGGUGAAAAAACAGCAGCACCUAACUUGAAUUCUCUGCGGGGUUUUGAUGUCAUUGAUGCUAUCAAAGCAGACCUUGAAGCUUUUUGCCCCGAAACAGUUUCAUGUGCGGACAUUCUUGCUACUGCUGCCAGAGACUCGGUUGUUCUGUCUGGUGGACCAAGCUGGGAUGUUCAAAUGGGAAGGAAGGACAGCUUCACUGCUAGCAAAUCAUUAGCAAAUAAAAAUUUACCAGGACCAAAUUCCACUGUUGCAAACCUUGUUUCAAAGUUCCAGAAUGUAAACCUUAGUCUCAGGGACAUGGUUGUGCUCUCUGGUGCACACACAAUGGGGAGAGCCAGGUGCACCACCUUCCGCGGGCGCCUACAAGGCGCUAUCACAGCAAGUACCCCGGAUGCAUCCCUUGAGUUCAUUCAGUCCCUGCAAGAACUGUGCUCCGGAUCAAGCAGCAAUGCCACACUGGCCAACCUUGACCUUGCAACCCCGGCAACAUUUGACAACCAGUACUAUGUUAACCUGCUUUCAGGGCAGGGUUUGCUUCCUUCGGACCAGAAUCUGGUGACCGGAGAUGAUCAGACUCGUGAGCUUGUGGAAACCUAUGCAGGGGAUGUGGUUGCCUUCUUUGAGGACUUUAAAAACUCCAUGAUCAAAAUGGGAAGCUUGGGGGUGGGGACUGGGAUGAAUGGGGAGAUUCGUAGGCAUUGUAGAGCUGUCAAUUAA